CUGACCAUGAACACACACAGCGGACGGCCCUUGAAGAACAGUCAAUAACCACUAUAGGAGCUUGUUUGCAUUAUAUUUCUUCUAGUUAUUCAAGCUGGCCGCAUCUGCGCACUAGGAGUCCGCUGUUGGCCGGAGCCAGGACGUAUGCGCUUCCACUUGAACGCGACCACAUUUGCUCGACUUACAUACUUCAUUAUCGUCAUAAUAAUCGCUCUUUUGCUGCUUAUAUCAUGCAUUUUCCUACUCUCGCAAGCGGUCCGUACUGCACCGAACCGAAACUGGGCACACAACUUCAACGCUUUGAUUAUUGGCGCAGCCUAUGUUCUCGUCCUUGUCGCAUCCUUGCUUCUAUGUCUUAAAAGACGUUUGUCAGUUCGCUUACAGCUUACGCGUAUACCGAAGCGCAGGAUUGCUGUUGGGAAAGGAGACGUACCGAAGUUGGUUCAUGUAUUCAUCGAAGAAGAAUUGCUGCGCUCUUCUGCUAUAUUUCACGCUUCUCUGCCGAAAGUUAGCCAUCGAGAGGGGUGGGGAUCUCCUGGUACGCUUUAUGAAGUACGGGUUACGGCGUGCUCUUAUGUCAAUUCUUCCACAGGGACAAGAUGGGAAGACAUUCGCUUUCGCACGACAGUACUGGACCUUGUUCCACGAGUUGACACUGCUGCGCGCACAGUUAUCCCGUCAAUGCCGCCUCUCUCACCACAUGUUUCACUCGUCCAUCAUCUGCGGCACAUCAAUCCGCUGCUUUCUGCGGAGACCCGCGGUCAAAUUUAUUUUCACACAUUCACCAACGCAGUCGAAAAGGCUCGGUAUGCAGAAGCAGAGAUGACGCAGCCCGAAUUUGAAUCGGCGUUUGAAGCGGGUUGCGCUCUUGAGGGAAUUUUACUCACAUAUCAGCGCAUGCUCAAGGAACGUCAGGGGACUAUACAAUAGUCGAAGGAGGACAACCCGGAAUGAAAUAGACAGCUGACGGAAAGCUCCGAGGUCAUAAAAGUGCGGGCCCAUGCCCAGCGAUUCUGUCCUUCUCGUGGCAGGCUCAGAAUCAGCCGUUCGGAUGGGAUAAACCAAGGCCGCUUACGAUCUUGUCGGACAGUCAAAAUACAGUCAUCACACUAUAACUCUUGGCUAAGAAUCCCGUGCAUAAUUAGCUAUCUCAUCCUUUUUUCGGUCCUUGAGUACUACCGAACUUUGUAACUAGAAGCCAACUUCGUCGGUCACUGCACUUGUCUAUCGCGUCAUUCCUCCUCGCACUUUUCGGCCCGAACGCCUCUGCGUGCCGAACAGAACCAUGCAUCGGCAUUCUGUGUUUUGCAGAAUUCUUUUAUUGCCGAACGAGCUUCUCACAAAGCUCGAUUCAUAUACUUUUAGGGCAGUCACGUUCUUAUAUCCAAUUGCCUGUUGAUGGCAUAGCCUCUGCCUUGAUGCUGCACCAUAUUUGGCAAUACCCUAUUCGAUAUCGUGAACCGCUCUGCGCGCCCUUUCAUGGCAUUUCUUCCUAACGCUGCUUCGCCAAUCCGCCUACAACGGUUACGCUGCCAAAUGUUCUUGAUGGUGGUGAGCGCUAAACCCCGUGUGGGGAACUAGUCACUCCGUUACAACAAGUGCAAAACUAUCUCAUUUCCGAAUACCUAAGACAGAUGCCAGGUUUGCCCCGUGGAGAGCUGGAGUUGGUGUGGUUAACACUUAAAACAAUUGUAAUCAGGGAGGAUGUGACGCUUGGCGAAUCUUCUACACAGUUUAUUACUUGCCGGCAAUUGCACCAACAUCACAGGUUGGCCAAUUUAGCAAUUCGCAUGUGGUUGAGCGGAGUACGCGAUACUUCCUCAUAUCCGAGUUUCUCCUGAGGCAGGCAUUCUUAGUUUCGUCUAGCUCAGUACACAUCCCAUUAUCCGCGGAAGGUCGUCGUAGACCCGAAACUACACAGCUUACAGACUCAUUGCGGUUAUGUACCCGCCGAUUGAUCGAAGGUGCCGCAGAGAAAGAAGUCCUAGGCCCAGGGUUUGCGAGAAAAUAUACACAUUUUGCGACUUUCAAUGCAUCUACCUUGAUUCAUACUUUUGGCGCAGCUUUGAUCCUUGGUUCAGAACCAGUGCCGAGCACCUGAGGACAAUAUUAGUCUCUCAUGGCUAUGAGGCUACACCGCCUGAAUUUCAGUACUCUUUACCUCAUACAUCUUGGGCGCUCUACGAUACUGGUUAUUCAUCAAUAAGUUGGUUCUACCCUUUUCUCUUUCUCGUGGAUGUCUGUACUAGUGGCACCUCCGAGUCAUCAGAGCAAGGUACUUGUUUGACUUCUGCUCGUUUAGAAAAUCCGAAGUUUGAUGUCGGGGACAUAUGACCUCGUGUGCACAAAGUACUAGGCGUGAGCUCACCUCGGAACACCUCUUUCAGUAGGUGCACCCAGAGGAUUCAUUACGCCAGGAAGAUCCUACCAUGCCUUGCACGUAAGUGUGAUCCAUGCAAUCGUUCUCAGUAGAUGUCCCGUGUAACCAGAAUAGGGUUGUUCAUUAGAAGUGGAAGGCAAAAAGCACCUUUGGCCAAUAGGUGAUCCGCCAUCGGAACAUGAACCCUAACUUGCGCGACGCUCUCGAGUCAUUCAAGCUUUACGAGCUUGAACAGCCUGACCGCCUUU